UUUAAAUACAAGUAUGGAGCCAGAACCUGCUAAACCAGGAGAUAUAGGUACCGGAGGGUUACUUAGCGAAUACCUUGCUUGAUCAGAAGCUGUACCUGAUCAUAUGAAUAACAUCGGACAAAUGGAAGAUCCCACUCAAGAAUUUGAGGAACCAGUUCCAGCCCAACUUUUGAAUAUCGAAACUGAAGGAAACAACCAUAUGCUGCCGAUGGUUACAAGUGAAGAGCAAUCUCAAGAGUUUAUUGAUGAAGAUCAGUUUGUACAAGAAGGGUACGAACAGCAAAAUUAUCAAAAAUUAACCAGGAAAAUGAGUAAAAAGAAUUCAAAAAGAGGCAAGAUGGCUAAAUAAUCGAUCAUCAAGUGCAAAGUGGAAGAAUAUGGAUCCAUAUACCCAGCAACAACCCGCUAGUAUAAAGAUGCUAAAGCAGAUGAAGAGAACUUCUCGUGUAGAUGAGAACACGACUGCUUUGCCACCUAUAAUUAAACAAUCCUCUAAUAAUACUGGAAGGCAAAACUAUAAGGGCCACAAAUCUAAGGUACCUUCUCGGGUCCAGAAGAACUCAAGCACUGUUCUUAGAGACAACAGCAACAUUAUUGAUGGGUCUGACUCCACUAAAAACAGGAAGGGAAAGACCAGUGAUGUUGACUUCGAACAAAAGAACUUAGAAAGACUUCAAAAACUUCAACAAAAGAAGGCCCAAGAGAUUGAAAUCAUGGAGAACCAAAGAAAGAAAGCCCAGGAAGAAAGGGAAAAACUGAAAGAAAUUGUUUUUAAAAGAGCUGAAGAGCAUCGGAAAAUAAAGGAACAGCGUAUGAAGGAGGAAGAAGAAAGAAGAAAACUGGAGGAAGAGCAAGAGAAACUGAACCCUAAGCCUAAAAAGAAGAAGCAUGCCUCUAAAGCAGAGCCUAAAUCAAGUUCUCUUCAAGAUGAUGACCAAGACAUUGAAAUGUUUGAUAAUGAAGAGAAGAAGGAAGAGAACGCUAAAAUUCAAAAGUACUUUAAGAAUAGGUACAUCUCCUUCCUGAAGACAUUGAAAGAAGAUAAUGUCAAGAAGAAGGAGGAAGAAGAGAAGGCAAGACAGAAGGAAGAGAGGCUCAAAGCAAAGAUGCUACAGAAAUUCGGCAUUGAUAAUGUCCAGAGUAGGUUCAGAUCUGAACAAGCUAAUUCUGAGCCUAAGGAAGAAGAGAAAAGUAGCAGAGCAAAGCCUAGGAGUGAGAAUAGACUCAUGAACAAGAUUGCCCAAGCUAGAGAAGUAGAUGGACAGAUAAAUGAUGAUGCAAAGAAGAGCAAUAAAGAAGCAAAUGAGCGGAUUAGGAAAAAGCAGCAGGAGUAUCUUGACUCUUUAGCUGCAAAGAAAAAGCAAGAGAAUGCUGAAGAAGAGGAGGAAAGGAAGAGAAAAGAAAAGCUUCGUAAGAACCUUAGAGCUAAGGUCAAAGGAAUGCUUGGUAAUGUCGAGAAAAAGCCUAAACAAGAACCCGAGAUUGAAGAAGAAACUAAAGAUACCAGAAAGAUGAAUAGUGAUGAUAUUCAAAGCUUUUUGGAGAGAAAUACUCAAAAGAAAAAAGUUUAUACAAACAUCACAGAUUUUGACUCUUGGAAAAAGAGACAUAGAUUAUCAAAGAAAACCAAGGUGUUCUGAAUCAAGGGUGGGUAUGGAACUAUCAGAAAAGCUCUUACUGAAAGAGGCUGGUUUGAGAACAAAGACUCCAAUAGUCCUUGAUUUGAUCUAAAAUGGACGCUUAAAGCCAAAGAUCUUCAUCAUAGCAAUUUAGAAAAGCAUCAGAUUGUUAAUCAUUUCUGUAAAUCUACAGCUAUCACAACAAAAGUUGGUCUUUGCCACUCUCUUAAGAACCUGGUGUGGUUUAACAACGUAGAUGUUGACUCCUUCUAUCCUCAAUGCUUUGACUUGAAAGAUCGUGAUGACUUUGAAGAAUUCAUAGAACAAUUCAAAGCUCUGAAGGCGGAAUGUUUGGUGAAGAAAUAUGCUAACGAGAUCGAAGAUGUUAAUAAAAAUUCGCUCAAAACUGCUAUGAAAGUCUGUGAGAGGAGACUUCUCGAUCUCGAUGACAUCAUUGACAUUAAAAAUCCUCCUAAAUGUCUAGUCAAUGAUGAAGAAUGGGAAAUUAUUGCAAAAGAUGAGCUGGAUGAGUCUAAGCUUGCUAAAAAGAAGCAUAACGAUUGGCUUAAGAAGAUGGAUUGCUGGAGAGUCUCUCAGCAUUCGAAGCCAAAGAAGGAAGAAAAGAAAAAGCCUAAGAAAAAGAAGAAGAAAGCUGAUGACAACGAGUUGAAAGAGACAAUCGAUAUUGAAGAUGAAGAUGAGCUCAGAGAAAGAUGAGUUGAUAUUUGUGAGAGGCUUAAGAAAAAAUUUGUGCAAUAUGACAUGAAUGGAAUUAAUAAUAUCUGGAUUGUGAAGCCGGCAGGGCUGUCGAGAGGAAGAGGUAUCGAAGUGUUCUCAUCCCUCGUUGAGAUACUUGAUAAUUGCCAUAGGGAAGGCCAAUGGGUUGCUCAGAAAUACAUUGAGAAUCCGAUGAUUAUUCAUGGCAGAAAGUUUGAUAUCAGACAAUGGGUCCUAGUCACUAGCUGGAAUCCUUUGGUGAUAUGGUUCUGGAAAUAAACCUUAUAUUAGAUUCCCUGCAGCAGAGUAUGACCCGAAUAAUCUGGAUGAUAGGUUUGUCCACCUGACCAAUAACUCAGUUGCAAAAUAUGCUAAGAAUGCUGUAGAAAUGGGAGAUGGGAACAUGUGGACUGUUGAAAAUUUCCAGGAGUUUAUUCAAGAAAAAUACAAUCAUGACAUUUGGGAAAAAGGAGGCCUAAUGAAAAAGAUGCAGAGGGUUGUGAAAUACACUUGAGAAUCAGUUCAAGACAUGUUCGAUGAAAAUAACAGAUCUGCAAACUGCACUGAACUGUUCGGGUUUGAUCUUAUGGUUGACGAGGACUUGAAUCCUUACUUGUUGGAGGUAAACUCUUCUCCAACUAUGGAGUUUAGUACUACGAUUACUGAAAUUCUCUGCAAGAAAGUUAUGGAGGAUACUGUUAAAGUUAUUGUAGAUUACCAUUACGCUAAGAAAAAGUCUAAAGUGGAUACAGGAGACUGGCAAUGAAUAUGAAGGAAGAAAGUUGUUGAAAAUAACCCAAAGAACGCAUGCGGGAUUGACUUUGUAUGUCAAGGAGUAAAAAUGAAGGUAAAGAAGUCUAAAAAUCCUUCUAAAAAGAGCUCAGUUCCUGUUACAGAGCUAGUUUUUAAUAAGAAAGGAGAGCUCAGCGAUAAGAAGAUGGAUGAGAUUAUAGAAGCUGACGAGGUUGAUGAUGAUAUUGAUGAAGAGCAUCAUGAUUCUGAUGAAAAUGACGAAGAAACUCCUGAAAGCGAGGAUGAAAUUGAUGAAGUCGAUGAAGUCAAUGAUGAAGAUGAUAAAGAUGAUAAAGAUGAUAAAGAUGAUAAAGAUGAUAAAGAUGAUGAAGAUGAUGAAGAUGAUGAAGAUGAUGAAGAUGAUGAAGAAGAUGAGGAUGAUGAAGAUGAAAAAGAGGAUGAGAAAGUUCAAUCUAUUGCGUCAAAUACUAAGGAUAGUCCUUCAAAAUCUAAUAUCCCCCAGGAAAUUGAAGAUGAUGAGGACUACACAGACGAGGAUAACUCUUAAGUUUGCUCAAUGAUUUUUAUAAUUAACUCU